CUGCGUGGUGGUGUUUUUAACGAGCGGCUGCAUGGUGACGUUUUUUCUGUAAACAGGAGGAGGAAAGUUGCUUUAACUUCCGAGGCCUGUUGAAGUUGUGACCUACACUUUCAAAGAAAGAAGUGCAGGAGCCAGCAGGAUGAAGUCCAAAGGGAAGGCUGUGAAACCAUCCAGAAGGACCUGGUCUAACCCAGAGCCAGAUCUGGAACCAGACACAGAACCAGAACCUGGCUCCAGUGAGCAGGAAGGCUCAGAGGCCUCUGUACGGAUCGGUGGCUCCUGGAGGGGGUCACUGAGGAGCGGGGGAGGCAAGCGUCAAAGAGGAGCAGGUAGAGGCCGACGGCACAGACAACACGGCUCCAGCACCAAGGAGCGCAGCAUUCGGCGACUAGAGAGCAACGAGCGGGAACGCCAACGCAUGCACAAACUCAACAACGCCUUUCAAGCACUACGUGAGGCCAUCCCACAUGUCAAGACUGACAAGAAACUGUCCAAGAUCGAGACUCUGACCCUGGCUAAGAAUUACAUCAAAGCCUUGACCACCAUCGUCCUGGACAUGUCAGGGGCCUGCCUGCCCUCUGGUGGGGUCCCGUCAGAGGCCACUACUGCCAAGCUGCUCCAGUGCUACCAGCAGCACCUAGAGGAGGAGGCCGAGGAUGGGCUCACCCAGUACCUCACCCACAUGCACACCUUCAACCAGCGCAGUUAGCAGUGGCUGCAAGUUGGUGGGGAGACCAGGAGAGCCAGCAGGAGGCUGGUCUCCAAGGUGGAAUGUUGUGGAUGGACUUUUGGGGCCAAAUCUCAAACAGUUUCUACAGUCGCAUGGCUCUUGGAUCUCUUGGGGUUUUCUAUAGGAAAUGGGUGGUCCAGAUCAUAGACCUCUGACAGUAAACCAGUCCUUGAUCAUAGCAAGAAUGGAGUUCUCCUAAUGCAAAAUAUGGAAUGAUGUGGGGACCGUUCUCCCAGCAGACACAGAGGACAGCAAAAAUCAAAUGCAUGAUAGUUAUGACAAGUGACAAGACACAUUUGCUAUUGAACUCAGAAAGGAAGGGCUAAUCUUUUGCCAAAAUGUCUCUUUUUAAAUUUCUCAUCCUCUAUUGUUUGAGCUCAGGCAGGAAUGGGUUCACUUUUGUGUUAUCUUGUGAUCUUCUUGUGUGUUUUCUCUUGAGAAACCUGCUGAGUAUGGCCUCCGGUCACAACUGCCACAUCAAGGAAGAACAGAAGCGGCUCCACAUCACAGUGUUUAAGCAAGAACGUGCUCAUUUGCUGAUGAUGGCAGUCUACCAUUAAUUUUAACAACAUGAUCUAACUGUCUUGUAGUCUGUGCCCAUACAGUAGCUGGAAGGCAGAGAUAAUGUUGAAAGUGACUGUUAUAUGACUUUUUGUUAGGAAACCAAUCUGAAAAUAAAAGGGAAUAUAUCUGAGGAGUUAUCAAUAAACAUUUAUUUAUUCACUGGGACUCUUGUUUUGAUCAUGCACCACACUCGAGAAAUGUAGCCCACAAUAUCAGCAGCACUGAUAACACGACACAGUAUGAUGUUAUUCACAGAUACAUACAGAUUUAUGUAUACUUCGAACAUGUACAAAUGUUGCAUCCUAUUUAAUAUGGAUGAAACUGGGCAGCCAUUAACUCAGUGUGUAUGAUUUAAUGCAAAGCUAUAUAUAAACUGCUUGUUCUUUAUACAAACAUUUUCCAUCUAAAAACAGCCACUACACUUACUGUGUAAUAUUGAUAUCUUAACAAAAAAUAGUGUUUUUAUAGCUGUUUUUUUUUUACUGCUUAGUCAUUAUACUACCAUUAGUCCAAAGGAAGUAGAUAGCAUGCAAAUGCAAGCAAUCUCCUGAGAAAGAGGAAGGUUCAGUUUUAGCAUUUCAACCACAAAAUUUUUACAAGUACUGCACACUUUUUAUUUUUCCUUAUUUACAAUGCCAACUACUGAACAGUCAUGACAUUAACAGACUAUAUCACACAUCAAAAUCCUUAUAAUCCUUAAGGCUGAAGGUUUAGACACUAUAAAUAAGAGCUUUCAGGGUGGUGAGUGCUUGAAGUUGCUGCUUCAGACAACUGAGGGCUACAUAUCCAGGACUGAAUGAUGACAUUGCUUGUAGUCCUUUUCUCUAAAUGUCUAUUAAUUAUUCUUUGUAUAUUUAUAUUGCUGUGGGGAAAGGUUUCUCUUUGUAUAUUUGUUGCAGCCCAUGUAAUGUUUAUGGCUGUAUGUUGUUGUUUGAGGUUUCUUUGUGUAGCCAUCUUCUCUAGGCAGGGUUAAUGUGUCUAUGUCCAUUGAUUGGCUCCUCGUGAUGACCACGUUUACAAUUGUCUCACAUGUACUUAACAGGGUCUAACUGCAGGUUAGACCCUGAAGGCGUUUUUUUGCCGCUACGUGUGGGCUGUAACCACAACUUGAAAUAUACAUCAUUUUUAAUCUUCUACAUGUUAGCCAUCUGAAUAAAGGCUUUUUAAUUUUUCAGAAGAGUGCUUUCUUAUUUUAGGUACAAUAUUUUUCCUUAUUUAUAAAAACAUCAUAAAAUCCUUUUAAAACAUGAUCACCUUUCCGCGGUCAUCUUGACAUCACAUGCAGUACUCUAUGCACAGAAACCACACAAACAUCACACCCUGAUGAAUAAACAAGAAAAAGAGAAUCAUAUUCAGUGUUAGUGACAAAAGCCAAACAGCAAAGCCAAACAUUUACACAGUAAUACCUGAAACAAAAGAGGACUGAUAGUCAAAAUCUGCAGUUCAUCUUCAGACAGACUCACCUCAGUAUUUUCAGCUGUCAGAUUGUUCAAAGGUCACAGUCACAAACUAAAGCCUGUGUGCUAAUGUUCGGAGCUGAAUUAGCACCACCGCUCCUUCAGUGUUACAAGAAGUGGUUUUAAACAUA